CUACCGCCACUCAAAACUCAUGGACGAUCCCUCUCUGGAUUUCCUUUUUACCUCUGUCGCUCUGAUCAAAACCGGUCCAUGAGAGAGAGAGAUGGAGAGAGAGGUGGACCCUUCGUCGCAAGAUCCAAGCCAUCAGGAGGAAAGCAUAUUAUCGAUAGCUGACAGUGAUCCUUCCAGUAAGCACAAGGAUUUAGACCAUGACCCAGUUUCACAGGUUUGUGGUCGUGAUAGCAAAGGCUGGGUUAGGGGGAUAGGUUUUGGUAUUUCUAAGACUACUAUGAAGGUUGCUACCCCAUACAUUGUAGAAGCUCGAUCGGAGAAGAAUGCACGUAUGUCUAUUGAGGCUAAAUUUGAAGAAACAAUGACUCAAAUGCAAGAAUUUCGUACGAUUGUUGAGCAACAGUUCACUGAACUUAGGCAGAAAAUUACUCAUCAAAGCCAACUAGUUCACCGCUCCCCUAAUACAGCUGCAUCUCAGGCCCACUGCCGAUCUGAUGAGCCCUCAAGUCGAAUUCGAGAAGACUCUGCAACAAGUCCAUUGAUGGAACAAAUUUGCCAAUUGAGAGAUAUCCGUGGUCGGACUAUUGCAAGUGGGCGGAUAGUGUCAGAUAAUACAGGCAUCCCUCCAGAAUGUGUCAGAGUUGUAAUGAAUCAUAUCAACAUUCGCGCAACAGAGUUGUUUAAUGAUAACAGGACAUUUGAAGAUAUUCAAUUGGGUGAAAUUGUUGUUUGGCCUAAAUUUCUAAUGAAAAUUUGAAUAUUCAGUGAUUUUGUUUUACUUUUUGAACUUCUAGAACAGGCUUUGGUAAUUUGUAUGACGAAAACUUGAUUAUUCAAUGAAAUCCUUAUUUGGCUCAAGUUGCUUUUUUUAUUCAUUUAAUCUUUAGUAUCUUUUUCAUUAAUUAUGGUUUGUUGUCAUUUGUUUUCUAUUAACCAAGUCACUAAAGGAUUUCAAUUUCGGAUGUAACCGAAUUGUUAACGGAAUGUUGUCUCUAGUUGCAAUACGAGAUGUAACAAGAAUAUACAUUGAUCGUAUAUUUGAUUUUUUUUAUUUUUUUUUAAAUGCACCACCUGCAAAUAAUUUGAGACGACAUUCGCUGAUACUUUGUUAAAUAUGAAAUUUGUGACCUUUAGUAACUUAGUUAAUUAAAAGGAACUACAUAGUGGCUUGAUACCAAUUUGA